UACUUUUGGUGAAAUUUGGGUAUCGGGCUUUGGUUCAGGAACCAACCCCCCAUGGAUGACAUUGCUCCUAUGGGGAAAUCGGUUCUGAGUUGUGACGUUUCGACUUAAGACGCAGCAGUCGGGACCCAGUUGUGUCGUGAGCCCGAGGACGCGGGUCCCUGUCCCUGUCCUUGUCCUGCCUGCUGGGGCACCCGCACCAUCUCGCUUUUGCUUUAAGGACUUUGGCUGGGAACUGGGCAGCGGGGCGGCGGCUGCAGCGGUUGCAUGGCGUGGACACAGCGACGUUAUAGCUCAAUAGCUCCAAUGCGCAGCGAGGGCGUUUCCAUGGCAACCGGGCGCCGCUGGCCCUUUAAGGCGCGCGGGCGGGGCCGCCCUUGACGACGUGGAGGCCACGGCGACGCUCUAGCCGCCGGCGUGUCUUUCUCUCUGGUUCUCCCUAUUUCUUCCGGUUGCAAUAUUGUUACUUCCGGGGCGUUGUCUUGCCAGGCGGUUUCCGUUUCCGUUUCCCGCCACUAGCGGCCGCGCGGUCCAUGCCGGCCCCAGGUUCGUCUCUGCCCGCUCGCCGCGCCUCUUAUCCUUAUUUUUUUCCUAUCUGGUGUAAUAGCCAGACCGACCUUGGCACCAGUCAGUGCAGCUUUACCCAUUCCCACUGAUGUUCCCUGCCAUGUUUUGAGCCCCGAGGACUGGGUCCUAGUAAAGGAAUUUCGUCCGAAGGAUUGCCUGCAGCCUAGAUGGAAUGGACCCUACCAAGUCCUGCUAACCACUAAUACUGCUGUAAAAGUUGGUGGGAAGUCUGCCUGGAUUCAUGCAUCUCAUUGCAGAAGGACAUUAACGCCAAAGGAAGAAGGACAAAUCAACCUAGAACCAACCCAGUCGGAAGCAGAUCCCACUCAAACUAGAACUGGGUUCAGUGAGGAAGAAGGUCUCCAAGGAACGAGCGCAGAUAACCCUCACCUUGUUGAGCCCCCUCACACCUAUAACCUUCAUCCUAGAGGAACAAACGAAAACAUAACUGACAAGGUAACGGAUCAAGUGCUAUUAACAUCAAGGUGAACCAAUAGACAAUGAAACCCAGAAGAGUUGCCUGCAGAGGCAAGCCAAACAAUACCUGCCAACUUUGUUAAGCCCAUAACUUAACAUAAUGAGACUGUUAAUAUUAAUUUUAGUGUUGCCUGCUAUAGCAAGUACUAAUGUUUAUUUAAGGUUCUUGCAAAAGGUUUCCUUAGCCUUAAAUGCUUCUGAUUGCUGGGUCUGUGGACUCACCCCCAGAACCUAUGAUGAAGGAUUUCUAAUGAUACCACGGCCCUUAACUUUUAUGAACCUGACUGCAUGCUCUGAGGACCUCAACCAUGAAACUUGGGAUGAUGCAGAAUACCUUAAAGUUGUCCCAGAACAAGGUUAUUUUUGUUGGGUCCGCAACCAAUCCAAAAAACUAAAUUACUCAGUAGGGAAUAGUAGUUGUAAGCAUUAUACAACUUACGACGGCAUAUGGAUGAAUAACCAUACAGCAAGCAAAACCUGGUGUAAAGGGUUCAAAAAUUGGUAUACUACCUACAAUCAGACAAAUAACCGUGCACUUUCAUGUAGUGCCAUAAAAUCGUUUAAUGUUACCAUAUGGGACUGUUCUAGAGCAGACCAAGGACACUGCUAUAGAAAUGGUACCAGAGUUUCCCCUUCCCCUAUGGGGGCAGUGUCUGGUAUACAUAGUCCUUUUGGAGGCUGGUAUGUACGCUAUUUUGGAAGUGAGCUUGGAAAACCUGCCACGGAGACAAAUACUACCUGGGUAGCCUUAAAAGGAACCUACUGGGUAUGUGGUACAAAAGCUUACCACCAGCUACCACCUGACUGGUUUGGGUCUUGCUAUUUAGCUUGGUUAACUCCAGCAGUAAGGAUAACCAAGUCAUUACCCCAAGGUCGCCACAGAAAUCGGAGAGAAAGCCCUAACUUGUCAAGUCAAGAACAAGCUGCUCAAGCCACCCUAGAGACGUAUAAGAAUCCCUUAACAGUAGGAAAGCUGAUAGGAUGUUCAGCAGCAGAGAUAAUUCCGCCCAGAACCAGGCCCGCCAUGUCCUGUGUGGGAAGAUAUACGCUGCAACUCCAAUCAGUGGCUGAAAUUUUAGCCCUAGAAACAGAGACAGCGAUAAAUAGUUUAGGGAAAAAUGUAAAAAGUGUAGCAAAACAUGAAGAAAGCUUGCGGCAAAUGGUCAUACAAAACAGGCUAGCCCUAGACUAUGUCUCAGCCUCAGAAGGAGGCGCUUGUGCUGUAAUAGGCCGAGAGUGUUGCACUUAUGUAAAUAGUACCUAUAAAUUAGUAAAAGACCACAUUAAUAAUGCAAUGGUUCAUGCUGACAAAGCCGUUGAGGUAGCCUCCAUUCCCAAAGACUCUUCAGCAGAUUGGUUUCCUUGGUUAGAUCCUAGAGGAUUAUUCAAAGGUCUGCUUGGGAAAAUAAUGUUUGCUUUGUGUAUGGUUUUAAUUUUAGGGUAAGUUUGUAUGUAAUUGUACAACUAACUUUGUGUUGCAUGAAACUGUGCGUUAAAAAGGCUGAACAAACCAUUUCUACCAUUUCUAAAGAAACGGUUAAACAAAUGAUGGUAGAAUUUAAAAAGAGCGAAGUAGAACAGGAAAAACUAUGGGCAGACCUGCGCCAGAUAGAAACGGAGUGAUCCUCCUUUGGAAGGAUUAGAAGAGGGAAUGAAGGAAAACAAAAUGGAUCCUAACCGCCAUUAUGUGUAAGCGAGCAGGUCACAUACUAACUUGAUGAUUAAACAGUUUUCUAAGGGCAUGACCUUGCAGUUACUGACUGGUUUAAAAUAGAUUUUUUUGCAGUUAACAAGUUGAAGACAUGCGUAAAGUUGUCUGCACCAUGGCCAAUGCUGAUUGGUGUAUACUGUUGCUAUGUUUAUGGUGUCAUAUCUUCUAUAUUAACCUGUACCGCCUAAUGUAUGGGGUCAGACCUCAUCGCAAAUUCUGAAUUUGUGUAUGACUGUCCAGAAUGCAUUCUUUAAUAAAC